AUGGCGUUCCCACAGGCAAAAUUAUUCGAAGACGAAUUUCCGCUGGUUCGCAGUUGCCCUACACUCAACGAAAUUCGUAUUGCCGAGGAGAUUAAAGACCUCACCAUUGAGGUAGCUCCCCUCAUCACAGUGACAUGUUCGUGUUAGGUGAAAGAUGGUGCACUGCUCCACGCACACAGAAUAAUACUUGCAGCUCGCAUUCCCUCUUUGCGAGCAUCUCUGAGUGGCCCCCAUGGGGAAGACAUUCCAGUCCUGAAAUGGCCAUCAGUACCUCUAAGGUAAGCUUUCUAUCCGUUCUUUGAUUUGGCCCGACUGCUUAUGCAUUUCCUAGCCUCGCAACGUCUCUUGUGCAUUAUGCAUACACUGGUCAAGUAGAGAUGACGCAAGCAAGUGUGAAGGGCAUUUUUUACUUAGCCAGACUGUUUAAGCUUUCAGUGCUGGAGAAUUGGGCAGCACAAUUUAUGGCCAACACGUAAGUAUUCCCCGGUUGUUCCUGUCUAACCCCUCUCCGAUAGUGUCAACAGCGAAAAUCUGGCAACCACUUGGGACUUUGCCAGGUCUCUGAAUGUCAGACUGUUGUUGGAGGCUUGCGUCGACCAAAUGAGGAAGAGUUUUGAGAGUUUCAUCUAUAGUGAUCUUUUUGUUCGCUUGCCGGCAGACACUGUGCUCACGUUACUUCGAAGCGAUAAUCUGCCAGUAAAUUCUGAGAAACAAGUUUUUGGAGCCAUUUCACGUUGGGUAUGCGAUAGUAAAGUGGUCGAUGAUGCGAGGCUGAAGAUGCAUGCUCCGACUAUGCUGAAGGAGGUCCAAUGGCAUCAGACGACUGUCGAGUUCCGCCAGAGCAUAUUGGAGCGUCAUCCAAUGUUUACAGAUGGCCCCGGAUGCGGGUAAGCAGAUGCCGUUCAACCUAGUUAUUUUUUUUAUGGAAGUCGGCUUAUGGCUCUAGUUGAGCAGUGGAUCGGAGCUGCAGACAGGGAUAAGAGGACUUGUCCCUUUAACCAAAAUGGUCGUGGCGUGAGGCCACCUCAGACAUUCUUCAUAUUUGGAAAGGAAGAAAAUCAAGAGAGGUGGUCUGUCUUGCGUCUCGAUUCGAACCUAAAGGAGGAAGAACGUGUUGCUGAUAUGGAACUGCGCUGGGGUGCCUCGUACACUGUCGUGGGAGGUGAGUAGACUGAUGUAAUUUUGCUUAAUAUAGCAUGCUGCUAGAAACAUCAGACAAUGUUUAGCGCCAGGAUUUCUCAUGAUCACGUGAUAUGUCAUCUACUUCAGGCUAAUGUUGGAUGCACCCCUGGCAAUUAAGAUGAUUCUGUUUAGGCAGUGUGUCAUUAUCGACAAAGACAAGGGAGACUGGAAUGGCCAUUUCUGGCUUGUUAGCCGUCGUCAGCCAGUCAUACCCAACCCGAAGCGAGCCCCUCCUACCAUCGUAUAUUCCCGAUCGAAACCGACAGGGCAACGGGCCCUUGGCUUAGUGGUUAGAGGCGUGGACUUCUAACUAACAGGUCGCGAAGUUCGAGUCCCAGGCGCUCCACACUUCGUGGUUGGGUAUGACUGGCUGACGACGACUAAUAAGUCAGAAAUGGCCAUUCCGGUCUCCCUUGGUUUCGUCAGUAAUAACUUUCUGCCUGCAUCAUGCGCCGCUGUGCGGCUGUUGGUUGGGCUCGAGAAAACCCGGAAGGCACAAUGGAAUGAGUGAGUUCCGUAAGAACGAUCGGUGAGCGUCCCUCCACCAUUUACUUAAUCUAAUGCCGCAGGAAACAUUAGACAGUGCUAAUCACCCAGAUUUUUCCCGACCACAUGAUAUAUAUUUCGCUUCGUGCAAAUGUGGCCUAUUAUAAAAUUUUAGUGAUUUGUGCCGUCUUUCAGGAUUACAGCACUUUCACCUUUCACUACAAUUUCCCCCAAAUAAUGCUUAUGACUGCAUGAAAUCCACGUAUAGAUUGUAAUGUGUACGCAUUGUGAGGAAUUUAAUGUUUCUUGAAAAUCCCUUUGAAUAAUUAGUAGCGUCAGAAGGAUUAACCAACUAUGACAUGGGGUCUACAAUUUGGAGAAAACUCAAACUCUGAUGGGGUGGAGGAUAGAGAUGAAAGUUUUGGCAAUUCUGAUUUAAAUGGACGUAGUUUGAUCAGAAUCCUCUAAUAAUGGCUUUUCGGUAUGGACAGUUUUUGCCAAAAUACUCAGGGUUGAGAGGUUACAUAGUUAUUAGUUUGAUAUGCAACCCUCCUGGGUGGGUGUUCAAAAAUCUACCUUCUUAUCUUCUUUAAACAGAUGUAGCUCAUAACGGUUUGCCCGGCAAUAGGUCGCAAAAGGGGUGAUGCGAUACGCGUAUUUUGACCUUCAUUAGCGUCAUUGACGUUAAAUUUGGCCGUAGUUGCUUCAAGGUUGCAGUUAUGGACACGGCUCUGGUUAGGGCUAAUGUUAGGAUUUGGGUUGUUCUUAGGGUCAUGGUUGCCAAGCUUGAGUUAGGGAGUUGAAUCUAGGGUUGGGGUUUUUGGUUUAGGGUUUGGAGUAGGGAUUUGAGAUUUGAGUUGGGGUUUCGGGUAAUUUUGAGUCUGCCCCAAAAGAUUACGGGUUAGGUGUUAGGGUUACCCAUUGCAGGCACGACUACGGUUGGCGGGAAGAGGUUGUAGUUAAUUGUGGUCUUUGCAGUGGGGUUGCAUAUCAUAUCCUUACCGAGAAUGCAUACAGUUAUUUUGGUCAAUAUUUAAUGUUACUCGCAAUACUAUAUCGCGGAAUUAAUCGGUGAGGGGGUUUGACCAUUGAUAGCAUAGGUGACACGGAUGAACGUGUACAAAUGCGAUUCGUCCCCACGGAGAUUGAAGGGGAUAGCGGCUCAGAGGUGCUCCGAGCAGAUGGGUAUGUAUUUACGGUCGUUGAUUUAGGCUGGAAGUUGGGGGCCAGUGAGCCGUGCAAGCAAACUUUCGUAGCUGAUCUUGGCAGUCGAUAUGACAGCUGAUACCGCCUGUGUUAAUGUGAGACCGCCAGAAAUAUCCGCGCCUACUUUGUUUUGGUCUUGGAAACUACUUAAUUAUCGUCCCAAUUGACACGAUGGCCACUUUCGAGUGCGUUCGCUAAGACGUCGGAUAGAACGUCAAGCCGAUGGAUGGCCAGCAUUUGUUCGUUGAUUUGACCCGUGAGGCCAGCGAACACGCAGGGGCUGUACGUAGACGAAAUGCUCUCGAAUAGUUCCCCAUUUUGACCGCAAAGGAUGUGAGCCAUUCUUAGGGAUAUUGCAACACGUAAAAAGAGCACUGGCUUGUCCACGAUCGGAGUAACAAACCGGUUUGUUUCAGGGGAAUCGGGCCGCUUGUAUCGACCGUUUUAGUCCAACGGAUAUCGGAUCGACUUUGUCGAAGACCGCUUUGAAUGUUGGACAUGGCCACAAGGCAGCAGAAACUCAUCUUCCCGCUUUUUUGUAUUCCCGCCAGUUAAUUCGUCCUUUGGUAUCCACAUCGUCUUCAAGGUAGCAUCCGCCGUACGUGCAACACUAUCGAUCUGGACGCUUUCUGGGAGUCUGUGUGCACCUUUCACUGGCCUGCCGAACCCAUUCUAAACAAGCAACCACCAUUCUAUAUCUGCUGCUCCGAAGUCUUAGUGAUUCAUUAUUCAGCUGUCGCUUCAACACAAUGGGGCGCAAUCGCCUGUGCCGCCUCACCGAAACACAUCGCGUCGUUGAACGCACCCCCGACAGUCAAGAAGAUUUUGCUUGUGUAACCCCUACGACCCCGGUAUCGUCGAUCAAAUAAUUAAAACUCUUCAUGAGUGAAGGCGAAAUUUCGAGUUCCAGGUGUAUGCAUAUUUGAAGAAGAAGAAGAUUCGAGCACCGGAACACUUCGUUUAUUAUCCUGAGCUUUCAGACUCGUACAGGAGUCCAUCGUCAGAGGUAGUGGCAGAAACAGGACAAGCGGCAUGAAACACUCCGUCCGACAGCGUUUUACCUCCUUGCUGAUGACACACAGACCAACCAAAUGCAUUUUGCAGAGUGAGUCAAAGGCUAUGAGGGAACUGAGGAGGGACGACAGCAUUAUCAUUCUACCUGCUGACAACGGACGAUCAACCGUCGUGAUGAAUAGAGAAGACAAUAAUGAAAAAGCUAAAGCCAUUCUUGAUGACAGAGAAUUUUACAUACCAGCACAGAAGUCACAAGCCAAAGCAGUGGCAGAUCGGCUGAGUAAACUGCUUAGAGAAUACCAACAUAAAAAUGUGAUCACGGAGAAUGAAUGGCACCAAAUGAGGGCAACUGACACGGCUUUAGCCCGAUUCUAUGGUCUGCCAAAAAUCCAUAAAGCAAAUGUCCCACUGCGGCCAAUCGUUGUCAUAAAAGGCAGCCCCACCUACAAUUUGGCAAAGUGGAUGUACUCAAAACUGAAGUUCCUCCAAGGCCAUUCGACUACCUCAGUUCGAUCAGCCUCUCAAUUCCUCAUAGACCUCCGAGGUCGUAGAAUUCAAUCGGACGAAAUCAUGGUCUCCUUCGAUGUGACGUCGUUGUUCACAUCCAUCCCACCAAACGUGGCCCGCGAAGUCUUGCGCAAGAGACUUGAAGAGGCGUACGAUGAGACUCAGAAUGCCCUCAAAAUUGAACACCUAAUCAGGCUGUUUGAAUUCUGCCAACAAACUUUCUUCACUUUUGCGGGAGAGACCUUUGAACAAAUCAAGGGAACACCAAUGGGCUCACUGGUCUCCGGUUUGGUGGCAGAACUGGUCCUACAGGAGGUAGAAAAGAUUGUCUUCCUCCGACAUGAACCGGUGUUUUGGCGACGUUACGUUGACGACACGUUCGUCAUCGUAAAGAAGGACAUGCUGUAA